CCGGUGAUCAAAUGUAGCGACUAUUAUAGCCAUGGCAACUCAAAUCGUAGCACCGUCAUUGUUUGGCUUCUCCCGUGAAAGCAAGUAUAGAUAUGAUGUUUUCCUGAGUUUCAGAGGUGAAGAUACUCGCCGCUCCUUCACCGUCUUCCUCUAUGAAGCUUUGCGUCGGAAAGGAAUCAACGCCUUCAUCGACGACAAGAAGCUUGGGAAAGGGGAAGAGAUCUCACCUACGCUUCUUAAAGCCAUUGAGAGAUCCAGGAUUUCCAUUAUUGUGUUCUCUAGGAACUAUGCUACUUCCACAUGGUGUCUAGAGGAACUCGCCCACAUCAUUUGGUGUAAGAAGCAGAAGAACCAGUUGGUUAUGCCCGUGUUUUACAAGGUAGAUCCGUUGGAUGUUCAAUAUCAGAGAAACAGCUUCGGAGAUGCCAUGGCUACUCUUGAAGAUAGAUUCAGAGAUGACUUGGAGAAAGUGCGAAAAUGGAGAUCUGCUUUGUCCGAAGCUGCUAGUUUGUCAUCAGCAUGGCUUUUCGAUCAUGGGUAGGCUUCCUUAUACUAUUUUCUAAUUGCCUUCUGCAUAUGAAAUUUUCAAACUCUUGCUUAAUAAUUAAUGGUUGCCGAUAAGAUGAGACGCUGUUGAAGAUGUAUGAACUUUUGAUCGGCGACUAUUACUAUUGGAUUUCUGUAAACUUGGGGUCUUGAAGAUUUUUAGUUUUAAUAAUUUUAAAAU